UCACCUCGCUGAGGAAAUAUGCAGGGCGUUGCUAGUACUUUUCCGUCAGUGUCUCGGUGUCAGAUAGAGGCCGUCCUUUAAAUGCAGCGCUCCCACACCAGAUCAGGGCAUUAACAGAUUAAAGCUCCCUCCAACAAGUCUGCAGACAGUAACUCAACACAACAAAACAAACAAGAUGUCUGACCCAUGGAAGGAAUCGUUCGAUCAUGCCGUUGCUGUAGCUCGCAAGGCUGGAGUGGUUAUCCGAGACGCCCUUCAGAACGAAGUGAAGGUGAUGACCAAGAGCUCCAGUGUGGACCUGGUCACCCAGACGGACCAGAGGGUGGAGAAGAUCAUCAUCUCCUCCGUCAAGGAGAAGUUCCCCACACACAGUUUCAUCGGGGAGGAGUCGGUGGCCGCCGGCCACCCGUGUAUUCUUACAGACGACCCCACCUGGAUCAUCGACCCCGUGGACGGAACCACCAACUUUGUGCACGGGUUUCCGUUCGUGGCAGUGUCCAUCGGCUUUGCGGUCAACAAAGAGCUGGAGUUCGGCGUGGUGUACAGCUGCAUAGAGGACAAGAUGUACACGGGCAGGAAAGGGAAGGGCGCCUUCUGUGACGGAGAGAAACUCGAGGUUUCUGAUGUGAAAGAUAUCAGGAAGUCAAUGAUCAUCAGUGAGCUGGGCUCCAACAGGGACGAGGAGACCGUCAGCAAGAUCUUCUCCACCAUGAAGAAGGUCCUCUGUAUCCCUGUGCAUGGGCUGCGCGGGUCGGGCACGGCGGCCACCAACAUGUGCCUGGUGGCCUCGGGGGCGGUGGAGGCCUUCUUCGAGAUCGGGAUCCACUGCUGGGACGUGGCCGCCGGGGCCGUCAUCGUCACCGAGGCUGGGGGGUUGCUGCUGGAUGUGGACGGUGGGCCGUGGGACCUGAUGUCCCGGCGGAUGAUGUCGGCCAACAACAAGACGAUCGCGGAUCGGCUAAUCAAGGAGAUCGACGUGUUCCCGGCAGAGCGCGACGACGUCGUGAAGUCCAAGAAGUGACGCGGCGCACACGUCGACGUUUCUCAUGUUCACCUCCGAUGAAACCCUUUAACCUGGGGCUUCCUGAUUAAUAGAUAUGUUAUGAUUGUUUUAUGUUGACAAUACGCUAAAUAAACGCCAGGUUGGAGAGGUCUCCUAAAGGUCGUGGCAGAUGGGCUAAUGACCUACCCCACCCGGUGGUGUGGUGGAUCAUUUGUAGCCCAUCCCACAUACAUAACGGUGAAGAUAGUUUGAUAGGAGAUCGCAAUAAGUUGCUUUUGACUCAAUAAAAGUAUUUUCUAUUUUG